AUGGUUAAUUCAAGAAAUAUACCUAAUAGAAAUAAUGUCAGAAGUGGAUAUAGCACAGGCGAUGUCACUGGUAGUCCCAAAAAGGGAAUUAACAUAAAUAGAGCCACACAAAGUAAUUCACAAAAUAUAAAUAUACGUGAUAUGCCCAGUAGUAACAGUCUCAAGAUAAAUAGAGGAUUAAGCGGAAGUUUGAAAAUUAAGCCUACAAUGGGAAUGCAAAUAAGUAAUUCCAAAGUACUUAUAGAUAUUUCGUCACCAAACUUUCAAACACCAAAUGAUGCAGAUCAUGAAGAAAUCAUUAAUUCAUUGAGGACUAAUUACAUGAACGAUUUUUUUAAGAUUAACAAGGGUGUCAAUAAUGGUUGUUCGAAGCCAGAUGAUGAAGCUGUAAUAGAUGAUGAUUAUAGAAGUAUCGAUGCUCAAUCAGCUACUCUUAACAAAGAAAUGUCAGUUGAAGAAACUUUUGAUGCUGCUAUUGGUAGUGUUGGUGGUGAUAUUACAAGAGAAAUAUAUAAAUUGGCAGCAGGGAAUGGUAGAAGUGAUAGUAUUAGUUCCCAUAUAAAAUUCGGUAAUAAUACUAAUAACAAUAAUAAUACUAAUAGUAAUGUUAGUAUUCAUAGUGGCAAUGAUGUAAAUAGUUUAAAACAUAAAAAAUCAUUGGUUUUAGAAGAUAUACGACUGUCAGAUGAACGGUCAAGAAGAAAAAGUGUUGCAGGUGGCUUGCAAGUUCCUGGUGGUUUUCGUAGAGAGUACAUUGUGAAUAAGAGAAGAAAUUAUGAUUCUAUAAGAGGUAAUUCAUCUUCAAAUCUGAAUUCUUAUAAUAACGCCGUUGAACGAAGAAAUGAAGAAGAAUCAGAGACUAUUCCCUUUUUGACUCGUAAUUUCAUGGAAUUUUUAUAUAUAUAUGGACAUUUUGCGGGUGAGUCAUUCGAAGAUGAUUUUAUUGAGCCUGAAGAAGGAUCACUUGAACAAGAAGGGAAUAUUGAAGAUUUAGAGACAGGUCAACUAUUAAUACCAAUCCGUAAUGAACAAAUUCUUAAUAGGGCCAAAGGCAAAACCUCAACGAAAAAAGCCUUUUUUUUAUUAUUAAAAUCUUUUAUUGGUACUGGUAUAUUAUUUUUACCUAACGCAUUUUCCAAAGGUGGUUUAAUUUUUUCUAAUGUUUUAAUCAUUAUAUUUGGAUUCUAUUCAUAUUAUUGUUAUAUGUUAUUAAUCAAAUGUAAACGAUAUUCGCAAGUUUCAUCAUUUGGUGAAAUGGGGAAUAAAUUAUAUGGGCCAUUAAUGCAGAAAAUCAUUUUAUUUUCUAUUAUGAUUUCACAAAUUGGAUUUUCAUGUGCAUAUAUUAUCUUUACAAGUACAAAUUUGAAUUAUUUUUUCCAACAAUAUCCAUUAACAGAAAAAUUAGAUUUCAAUUUCUUUUUAAUCUUUCAAUUAAUCUUAUUUAUCCCAUUAUCAUUUGUAAGAAAUAUCAGUAAACUAAGUGUACCUUCUUUGGUAGCUAAUUUAAUGAUCAUAAUUGGAUUAAUGAUAGUCAUUUAUUAUUGUGUCAAACAAUUUACCGUUGAUAUGGGGUUUCAUAUGGCAAACGGAGUGGAAAUAUUUUUUAACAGGCAAGAUUGGAGCAUAUUUGUCGGUACUGCAAUCUUUGCAUUUGAAGGGAUUGGGUUAUUAAUUCCUAUCGAAGAAUCCAUGGCAAAACCUGAAGAAUUUGGGAAAGUUCUUGGAGGUGUCAUCGGGUGUGUCACUAGUUUGUUUAUUUUAAUCGGUAGUAUGGGUUACGUCACAUAUGGUGAAGAUAUCAAUACAGUAAUAUUAAUCAAUCUACCUAACGAUAAGGUGACAGUUCAAAGUAUCCAAUUGCUAUAUUCAAUAGCAAUCAUGUUAUCAAUUCCAUUACAAAUAUUUCCUGCCAUAAAAAUUAUUGAAAAUUUUAUUAUCAAUUAUGGUGUUAGUGGUGGGGAUUAUCGUCGUAGUGGUAAAUAUAAUGUGUAUUAUAAAUGGUUAAAAAAUUGUCUGCGAAGUAUUAUAAUUGUAAUAAUCAUUUUGAUCUCGAAAGAAUUUAUUAAUCAAUUGGAUAAAUUUGUAUCGAUCAUUGGAAGUGUUGCAUGUAUCCCAUUGGUAUAUAUAUAUCCGUCACUAUUACAUUUACGUUGUGGUGGUAAUAAAUUUCGUAACUGGGUUAUGAUACUUCUUGGUUUGGCAGUAAUGGUCUUUACCACCAUGUUUUAA